AGAAGUGUAAUUAUUCAAUCAUUGAAUAAUAAAUUUGUGGGAUGUAGAUACAUUCGGCUGAUGAUUCUGAAAUAAGAUAAAGCAUGAAUCUUAGAUUACACUACCAGCUACCAUCCAUCUAUGGUUGCUGUGUGAAAUUUAUUUAUUUCAUCAGAUAAGUAAGGUUUCUCUAGAAACAAAGAAUAGAGAAUCCUGAAAUUUGACUAGAAUAAAUUAUUUGAUGAACUACAAAUGAAUGUGUUCGAUGACACAUUUGAUUGUAAAGAAUAUGACCUACAGUUAUAUCUAUUUUUUGUAAAGGCUGAAGUAAAGGAAACAUAUAUAUAGAAGAUGGGUUUUGUGGAUAUUAUAGUAAUUUCAAUGGUUAAGAUCAUGAGUCAGUUGAAACUAGACCACCAUGGACAACCUGGAAGCACUUGAAAGCAGUUUCAUCCUAUUGUGGGACUUCUCAGCAGUGCUCAUCCACGACCUCGACCCCUGGGAGAUUCGAACCCGGGACUUAUUGGUUUUGCGCGCGAUCACUUAACCACAAGACCACAGCUGGCCGGCAUUCAACAGUGUUAAUGUCUAGCUUUAACUAAUCCACGAUACUUUUUUUCAAUCUAUUAUACUCUUUCAGAUGAACAAUACAAAAUCCGGUUUUAUGAGUAUACCACAAAAGAAUGAAAAACCUCAAAUCAAUGAAGAUAUUUCUGUUAUUGUAUAUCAACCACCAUCUAUUGAUCCACAUGGUCCUGCACCUAAUCCACCUGUAUAUUGUUCAUCAUUUCCUCAAUCUAAUCUAUGGUCUUUAAGGCAUAAUAAUAAUAAUAAUAAUAUAGAAUCUCCUGGAAUCAAUAAUGAAUUAUCUCAAAUGUAUUUCAAACAAUCAACAACUCCAAGACAAAAUUGGUUAAAUCAGGUUUGUCUUUUAUAUAUAUUAUUUAUACUCAAUUGAUAGUUUUGAUGAAGUUGAGAACAUUAGUAAGAAUAUAAAAGCCUUUUUGAUAAAUCAUCAAGGCUAUCAAACGUUAACCUUUAGAUUCUAAUAGAAUAACGUCUUAGCCAAAUCACUGUUGAAAACCAGGAAGAAAUGAACAGCACCUAUUACUUAGCGUGAAACACCUCAGCAAUGAGCAUCCUCGAUCCAGUUUUCAGGAAUCAAACCUAAAACAAUUUACAGUCUACACAAAUCCCCUUAUAUUUAAAAUCUGAAAAUGGUUUCCACUCAAUGAACAGUCCAUAUUGAUGUUGCUUCACUGACAGCUUAGAAUUUAAUAAUGUUCGAGUAAUUUCCAUUACCAGUUAAUGCAAUCUUUACAAUGUCUACCUUAAGUAAAUUGAAUGGAGUUGACUUGAAUUGGAUAGAGUUCGUCAGUCAAUACGUAAUCUUAAAAUAAUAACAAUUUUUAUCUCUAUAACAUAACAUAAUGCCUCUAAGAAAUUGAACACGGUAGAAUAGGGUGACAAUCUACAUUGGAACAUAAUAUAUAUCUUAUAACUGUACGAUUGAACUGGUUUCAUAAAGUGUAUUAUUAUCGCCAGGCUCACUCUAUACAACGAUUUGAACAGAGAAGAAGAAAAGGCGCGUCAUAUGCAAAGUACGCCAUACUUCGACGUCAGUUUAUGUACAAGUUAAUUGAGGGUAUUUAUAGCAUUUCAGACAACCUUAAACUUCUGGUAAGUUUCCUAACCCUCAGAAACAUAAUAGCAGUAUAGGUAUUCAUCCAACCGAAAAUGUGACAUGUGACAUUUCAUUGUUCAGAUUUUUGUGAGACACUUCUAUCGACGCUUACAGGAUAAAAUAUUCUCCACUGUUUUCAUGACCCCUUUGGUGUGUUUUGUUUUUCGAGGAAUUUUCAUGGUCUACUCAACAGAAUAAAAUAUGUUUUUAGAGAUGAAUCAAACUAUUAUAUCAUCCAUUUACUUAAAAAUGUAACAUAUUUCUCAGAGAACCACUCAGCUAGAAAAUUCGGUGGGACUAUAAUUAAUUAUGGACGACCUUUCAGAAACGGUAAAGUGACCUGAAGUGUGUCUAUCUACUUACUAGAGCUAACUGAGUGUUAUAAAUCAGGGUGAGGAACUAGAAUUAUGAUUCACAGUUGAUGGUUUAGAUUAGAAAUUAGAUCUAGAGUGUUCAUCACAAACUAAUAUCAUCUAUAAUGCGAAAAGACUAUUUAGCCUAACGGAUGAACAAAUUUCGCGUCAAAAUCCGAGAUCUGUUAUGCCUGAUCGGUUCAUCCAUAAUUUAUAGUCUCGCCGAAUGCCUUUGAGAAAGUGAACACAGUCUUAUUCAUAUGGCAUGUUAAAUAAUGAAAUGAUAUUGAUUCGCUUUAGGAGAAGUCUAAAUUUCCUAUAAAAUAUAGAUAAAGACGCCAUGAAUAUUCAGAGUUUAACAACGUUGUUGUUCAUAACAACCUUAUAAUCGAAGGAUCCUAAACACAAUCAAACUAGGAGUCAGAAAUAAAGAAGUACAAAGAUAUAUUUUUGAAAGAUAGUCGAUAAUUUAUGAAGUGUAUGUGUGAUGCAAACUAACUAGUUAUUGCUAGAAAAUGCUUAGUCCGGUGUACCCAAUAAUAAUCUUAUACGGAUGCAUGAAUGAGUACCUUCAGCUGGGAAUUGUCUUGUAAAACCAAUAACGUCGAAUCAAUCUCAAAGACUUAAAAACUAUUUAUUUUGAGGAUUUAUUUAUCGCUAUACAUAACAAAACGUGACACAAAUCCAUAAAAUCACUGACAAGUGGACUGAGUCAUAUUGGUAGGUGUAGACUACCUGGUUGGGAUCCACGAGACGAUAGCAACCGAUGGUUAGAGACCUUGAAUGACAUGGCUGAAAAUCGUUUGCAAUGGUGCAGAUGCAUCCACACUUUGUGUUCUCCAAAAUUCUAAUCUUCUGAAUUCUUCAUGUCCCUUUGUUUUUCUCUUUCCAAAUUUAUUUCACUGGAUUAUACUCCUUGAAUAGUACGUUCAAACCCUAAUAUUUCCGAUUACUGCUUAUACUCUUACCACUUCUAUCACUAUGGAAUUAGAAUCGACAAUUGUAUCUCUGUGCUAAUGUGAAAUGUCAGCUCGAACUGGUGUACGUACGUACGAAGUUCUACGUUGUUACUGACUGACUAUUAUUAUUUUUGGCUUUAUUCAUUAUUAUAUUUUUGGUACAAUUCAACAACUUUCCUUUUCAUAUAUCUUCAUCUAUCCUGACGAUAACAUAUUGAAUGAUCGCCAGUUAGAAGUAAACAGGAAUCGAUGUCUGAUUACGCAAUUCAUAAGACGAAAAGCCAAUGUCCGGCGCUUUAACCGGAUCGGUGGACAUGGGGAGUCAACCUAGGGGAGUUGGAAAACCCUGAUUUCAAACCAAUGGUGCAUAUGGGCCCCAGUAUCCUGAGGGAACAAAUGGCGUAGGAACCAAUCGUUGGUCACCGGCUACCAUGGAACGGCAUCUUUCUUACGUUGCUCCACUGCAUUGUGGAUCAGAUCUUCAGGUCGAAGGCUCGGGGUGUGGCCCCCCUAAGAAAACCACCUGCUUCGGUUUGGUCACCCGGGCAGUAUCACAGCCCUCACACAUAACAAAUGAGAUUUGUGUGGCGCAUAUCUUUUUGAUGCCUCCUUGUACCAAUAUAUAUGUAUGUUAAAAUAAAUAAAUAACAAAUGUUUGAAAUAUCUAAAUGACAGGAAACAGAUAACCCAGAUAUUCAAACAGUCCGCUUGGAACUUUUGUUCAUUUCUAAUGAUAUUAACCUACUUUUAUUGUUUGUUUUUGUUUUUGUAGCUAGUUAUUAAUGAUUUAAAUGAAUCAAUGAUGAAUUAUAAAUCGAUUGAUAAAGAUUGGUCACAUCUUGAUCUUCCAUUAAAACAUUUAGCACCUUCACGUUCAUCACCAUCAUCGUCACCAUCAUCAUCAUCAUCAUCAUCACCACCACCUCCACCAGCACCUAAACCUAUUUUAUUAAAUAUCAAUGAAGAUUUAUCAAAAUUCAAUUAUUGAAAAUGAUAUUCAUUAGAAUAGAGAACUGAAGUCUCUUCAUAAAACUUUCAUUGAAUCCAUGGUAAAAUAAUUGAUAUGGAAAAUGUUUUUUUUUGUUUUUUUUGUAAAGAAAUAAAUAGUCCUUUAUUGUUUUUUUUAUGAACUUGUGUCAUAUUGUGGAAAUGAUGAACCGAUCCAUAAUAGAUCACCCAUAGAAAUGAUCGUUUUGUUCUAGUACAGGAAUACUGAAUAGUAAUCAUCCACACGCACACAAUCACACACACACACACCCGACUGAGAAUCGAACCAAGAACUUUUGGCUUCGUAUAAAUGUCUCACCUCUAGACCAGUAACAUGGAAUUCAACAUUGUCCGUGUGUUUAACUUCAAUCAAUUCAUGAUAUAGACACAAUGAUCAUAUAUUGUAUGUGUUCCAUAACUGUUUUCUAUGCAAUAUGGUUGAACUUCAUUGGUUAUGGGUUUUUUAUUAGAACUCGAUAAGUCUUGUCGAUUGAACGCUAUAUUCGUUUCCUAAGCUAUUUUGGUAACCCGCAAGCUAGAACUACACAGCGACCUGAACACCAGAGAGAAGACGCAAUUACGAGACAAAUACUUUACUUCAAGGUUCGUUUUUGUACAGAAAACAUGGGUAUUUAUAGAUGUUAACGUUUGUUAAAUCAACAUUAUAUUUCGGCCAAUCCGUUAACGACAUAUUAUGCUACUGACCAAUAGUAGCACGCCACGUUGGAAUUCUAGAAUGUUCCAUCAUGCUCUGAUUGGCUAGGACUCUUCGGCUUCUUUUGGGCCACUGGAGGCUCCGUUGAAGUUCUCCGAAAGCCGACUAAACAAAAAUCUAAGAGUUUCAUUAUGAAAUUAGUCACUAGUGAGAAGGGCAUCAUAAGUGUUAGUAAAAAGUUCUGGAGAUUGUUGAAUUUCAUUGAAAUUCUUUAGUCUAUUUAAGUUAGAUCACCAUCGCGUAAUACAUAUAUUUCAUAAUGAAUCGUUCAGUUGAUGUUUAAUAAUUAAUUUUGCAUACUGAUUAUGUACUACAAUAAACUACUAGUAUCAAAUAUGUUUAACAGCAUUAUUAUCACCUAUAAUUUAACAUGUACAAGUUAGAAUAUCAGAUUGAAUGAAGCAAGUUCACUUGGACCAUUCAUCAUCUUAUGUUUGAUUAAAUCAAAACAAUAUGAUUAUUAUCAAAAUGGGUUUUGUGGAGAUUUUUAGAAACUCCCUUGAUUGAAAUCAUGAGUCAAUUGAAGAUAGACCACCAUGGAAAACCUGGAAGUACUGGAUGACCGUUUCGUUCCAGUGUGGGACUCAUCAGCAAUGCGCAUCCAUGAUCCCACCUCGCAAGAUUCGAACCCAGAACCUAUCAAUCUAUCUUCAAUUAACUCAUGAUCUCAACUAGUGAAACAACUAUAAUAUGCACAAAACCCCCUUUUCUUAUUAAUCACCAUAUGCUCACUAGUGACUGGCUUCAAGAGGUCUUUCCUGGAGUUCUAUUUAGAUACUGUGACCAGUGGAGUUCAACCAGGUCUGUUGUGAGAUGUCAACUCACUGAAGAUAAUGGUGUACGGUGGCUCAACUUCGUGGAUUGGUUGAAGUUAAACAUUAACACCGUUUGAUGACGGCCAGAUCAGUAGUCUAGUUGGUUUGGCGUAUGGCGCGAGACUGAUAGGUCCUAGGUUCGAAUCCCGCUGUGUGCGGGACCGUGGGUGCGCACUGCUAGACAGUCUCAUACUAGGGAGAAAUGGCCGUCCAGUGCUCCCAGGUUUUCCAUGGUGGUCUAGCUUCAACUGACUCAUGAUUUCAAUCAGUGAAAUAUGAUUAUUGACAAAGAUAGAUAAUGGCUAGUAUUGGGAUCCAGGACGUACGUUUCGCUCCAUUUGAGACUUGUCAGGUAGAUGUACCUGCAUCUCAGAAACACGCCUAAUAGAUUCAACUGCUAGCCACUAACUAUCUUCGCUUAAAAAGCUUGUGACUUAAGGCUAUAUUAAGGCAAUCCACACAGGAUGCAAAUAUGCCAAUAAGCAACUGAUCAGUUGUAAUCCUAAAUAACAAUUAGAAUAUAAACAUUACAAUUCUGAUUGAGAUCGUGAACCGAUUGAUGUUAGACCGCCGUUGGAAACCUGGAAGCAUUGGACAGCCGUUUCGUCCUGUCCUAGGACUUCUGAGCAGUGCGCAUCCAUGAUCCCGCUCACGGGAUUCGAACCCAGAGCUUUCAGUCUUGCGCGCGAACGUUUAACCUACUACAAUUCUGUUUUAACACUUGCUUUACACCAAGUUGUCAACCUCCGAUACCAUUUUAAUUAUCAGUCAUAUUAAAUCUUUGAAGGAAUAGAGCACCAAUAAAGAAUAUCUUUUAAUAUGUGGACAAUUGUUGUGAGAUGUAUACCAAUUGUUAGAAUGAUAUAAUUCUGUUGCAUGAAACUGCUGAGGAAAUCAAUAAUCUCCUUUUACAUCUUGUAUGAAUAUAAAAUAAUACUUGUAAUGUAUUGUACCACAUUUAAAUGCUAAACAUCAAUUUAAGACCGAUCUAUUUCAACAUCUAGUUUUAUCAUAAAGAGGCAACGAAAUACCUUGAAUAUUCACUUAUAUUACUAUCUUGAUCAAACUUGGUAAAUUGGUAAGAAGAAUAGUAAGUUUUCAUUUGAGUUGUCUCAAUUGUGGUGUAAACCAGAUAUCAAUGCGAGUAUAGUACUUAUUCAUUCAUUCUAUAUUAUUUUAUGGAUGAAAAACAUAGUCUACAAGAUUAUAAAACGUUAAUAGGUUGCGCAAAUACCAUUAAACCAUUGUUUCUACACGGUGAAAGGAAUAUUGAAAAUGAUUUUUAAUAUUUCGAGCUAGAUAGAAGGAUAUCAUAAGCUUUCAUCGACUAAGGUAUUUGAGAUACACAACAUAGGCAUAGUCACCAUCUCUACACCAACUCGUCAUCAUGUUAACCGGCAUAGAAGUUGAUGGGAUAAAGAAGAAACCCAAUUGAAACAUACUAUUAGUACAUGAAUAUAUCAAAAAAUAGUCUCACUCAUUUAGAUCUUUCAUUUGAGACUACUACAAUGAUUAUAAUCGAUUAUUCAAAACUCAUGGUGAUAAAGAUCGAAAUCUGUCACAGUAGCAUAACUUUACUAAUUUCCCAUUAAUCUUUUUUUUCAAAUUCAAUAUAAAGUACAAUACAUUAGACCAAUAUGGUAUUACUUAUGAUUGAUUGAAUAUAAUGGAAUUCAAUAAUAAUUAUCGAUUUGUGGAACUUAAAGCCGUAUUCAUUUUUGUAUUGUUUCAUUUAUUUUUGGUACAAUCACUACUAAUAUAGUGAACAAGAACACAAGCAGGGAUAAUCGAAUGUAAUUUUUAAUAGUUGAGAUCAUGAGUCAAUUAAAGUUAGACCACCGUGAAAAACCUGUAAGCACUGGACGGCCAUUUCAUCCUAUUGUGGGAGACCUCAAUAGUGUGCAUCUACAAUCCAACCUCACGAGAAUCAUACCAAGAACCUAUCAGUCUCGCGAGUGAGCGCUUAACCUCUAGAUCACUGAACCAGCUGGCGUCCAACAAUGUUAAUGUCUAACUUCAACUAAUCCACGAUGUUGAGCGACACAUUUAUCAUUGUCAUCAGUAUGUUGCCAUCUCAUAACAGACCUAGUUGAACUCCACUGAACACAGCUUCUCACUAGAACUCCAGGAUAUACCUCUUGAAGUCAGUCACUAGUGAGCAGAUUGAUUAUUAUCAGAAGGAGGGUUUUUGUGGAUAUUAUAAUAUUUUAAUAGUUGAGAUCAUGAGUCAAUUGAAGCUAGAACACAGCUUCGAUGGUUUAGAGGUUAAGUGUUUGUGCGCGAGACUAACAGAUCUUGGGUUUGAAUCUCCCGAGGCGGUAUCAUGGAUUCGCAUUGUUGAAUGUUUUUGAACACUCAAAAUCACAGAACAUCUUAAUAAAAUCUAAGAACCAUUAUAGUAAAUAUUUUAUUUACAACAUGUCAAUCAAUUGUCUCAGACAUCAAUACUCCUUCACUUCUAUAUCAAUUACUUUCUUUCUUCGUCGAUCUUCUGCUGCCAGACAUUCUAUUCCUGACUAGCGUUAUAUAUAUAUGUACUACUUAUGUCGAUAUAAGUAGUACUUAUCACACCAAUACUACUAAAAAUACUGAUAAUAAUAAUAAUGAUAAAGUAACCGAUUAACACGUAUAUUGUCUAAUUUCUACUUUCUUUACUUUUAUUUUUAGGCAUUUUCAUUCAUCAAUUGGAUUGAUAUAUCCUAACAAACAUAAUGAUCAAUCUCCCUCCCCCCUCUCACUCACGUUUCUAUGGCUUAGUGUAUUCAUUGUUAUUUACUUUUCUUUGUUUCUUUCUUUUCUUUUCUUUUUUUAGAGAGAAAAAAAAUCUGUAUUCACUUAGUUCUAUUGUAGAAAAUUGUAUGUAUGUAUAAUGAUUUGUGUAUAUCAUAAAAUAGUUUCAUAGAAGAGAAACAAAACCCCCCUAUUUAUGCUCAAUACUAACUCAAAUGUAAAUGUGUUCCUUCAAACUAAUCAACCAACCAACCAUUUAACAAAGAAAGAAAGAAAAAAACACUCCAUUUGCUCAUCCAAUUUUCCCCUCUUUUUCGGGGGGGGAGGGGACAGGAGUGGGGUGAGGGUCUUAACUCAUUUACAAAUUUUUUUCUUGAUUUCAAUCUUUUCGUUGAGUAGGUUCUUUUUGUUUAUUUACAUAUACAUAUUGAAUAUGAUUUUAAUUAUUAUUUUUUAUUAUGAUUAUGAUUAUGAUCAAAUGUCUUUCUAUUUAAUGAAUGAAUGUUUAUUAGCUCGAAUCCUUUAAUUCAUCCAUAUAGAAUACAGCACUUAUUAUUAUUAUUAUUAUGAGUGUAAUUUAUUUAGAAUUAUGAUUAGUAUUUUGUUGUUUGGAUUGUAAUUAAAUGAAAAAAGGCACACAAUCACUAUUAUUAUUAUUAUUGAUUAUUAGUGUUAUAACUUGUCGGAUUGAAUGCUACUUGUUAUCUUUGGUCGUCGGUGAUUGCUGUGUCGGAAACGCUUAUCACUUAUAAUUGAAACAAGUGACCUAUGCAAUUUCCGACGAUUCGAAAGUAAGAACACAAAGACUACUAUAAGUGAAGAUUUAUUAAUCUCCAAAACACGAUGAUGAUGAUGAUGAUGAUGACCCUAGUCGAAAAUACACUGAUUUAUAUAUUGAUUGUACACUGAAUAAUCAUCACAUUGAAUCAAAAUGGAAAUAAUGUUAAAUCAAAACUCAUAAUGAUGAAUUAUUAGAAGAAAAACAAUAUGAUAUUGAUUUAACAAAAGUAAUUGUAAAUCAUCUAAUACAAUUAGAAGAACAAUAGUGUUGAUGAGAAUGAACAAUCUAAUGGAUUAUUUGCUAACGAACAGUGAAAAAUAUUCAACGAUCGUUUGGCUAAGAUCAGUACGUGAUUUAAUUUAUAGAAAUUUCAUGUUUAUUUGGUGUUACUGCUCAUCAAACUCAAAUUUUAAUAGUCUAAGUGAAAUAACAUCGUAUACAUUAUGUCUGGUGUUAUGAGAUUUAAAACAGUCAAUGGGAGGCAUGAAACUCAGCUACUGUGUUAGCUGUUACUCUUUAACACAUUGUACUUAGAGUUAAAACAAAAAUACUCUAUGUGGGAUUCGAAUUCACAUCACGAAAUUUUACAUUAUGAGAUAUUAUCAAAAACUUAUUUGUCCCUGAAUUGACUACUGAGUAGUAAAAAUCUAUAUUAUGAUUGUGGGAUUCUCAAAUCGUAUGGAAUUCUGUUGAACAAAAGGUUCAAAUAACUUAAUAAUUGCAAUGCUUAACACUGUUAAUCUGAAUGAAACAAAAUCGAAACAUAUAAGCAUCAUCAGACUCCACAAGAUCGUAUGUGGGUCUGGCAAUUAUUAUUGAUAGCUUCUGACAAGCCGAUCUCCUACAUGAUCAAAAGGGG